UGGAAUCAUACAGGUGUGAAGGAAUUCCUCCUGGUAGGGUUAACUGAAAAUCCUAAUUUGCAGAUCCCACUCUUCUUGCUUUUCACUCUUAUUUAUUUCAUCACUUUGGUGGGUAAUCUGGGCAUAAUUAUCUUGAUCUGGUUAAAUGCCCAACUUCAUACUCCAAUGUACUUCUUCCUUGGCAACCUCUCCUUUUGUGAUAUCUGCUACUCUACUGUCUUUGCUCCUAAGAUGCUAGUCAAUUUCCUAACAAAACAUAAGUCCAGUACAUUUUCUGGCUGUGUUCUACAGAGCUUCUCUUUUGCAGUAUAUGUAACCACAGAGGGCAUUCUCCUCUCCAUGAUGGCUUAUGACCGUUAUGUGGCGAUAGCUAAUCCCUUGUUGUAUACAGUCAUUAUGACCCAAAGAGUUUGUAUACAGAUGGUCCUUGCAUCUUACUUAGGUGGGCUCAUUAAUUCCCUGACACACACAAUAGGAUUGCUGAAAUUAGACUUCUGUGGUCCUAAUAUUGUGAAUAAUUAUUUCUGUGACGUUCCUCCUCUUCUGAGACUUUCUUGCUCUGAUACCCGUAUCAAUGAAAUGCUGCUUUUGAUCUUCUCUGGGCUCAUUGCAAUGUUCACUUUCAUUGUCAUUAUGGUAUCUUAUGUUCGCAUCAUCAUUGCCAUCCAGAGAAUCCACUCAGCUGGAGGAAGUUUCAAAGCCUUUUCCACUUGUGCUUCACACCUGGCCACUGUGACCUUAUUCUAUGGGUCUGUGACUUUCAGUUACAUCCAACCCAGUGCUCAGUAUUCCCUGGAACAGGAGAAGGUCUCGGCUGUGUUUUACACAUUGGUGAUCCCCAUGCUAAACCCACUUAUUUAUAGCCUGAGAAACAAGGAUGUAAAAGAUGCAGCAAAAAGGUCGUUAUGGUGGAAUAGAAACCCCACUUGA